GGCCCCGCCGCCGCCUCACCCGCACCGACACCGCCCCGCCGCAGCCCCGGCCCCACGGCAGCCCCCAUGCCCCGCCUCGGAGCCAAGGUGUGCCUGCUCCGCUGCACACUGCUCUCGUCCCUCCUCCUCCUCCUGCUCUGCAGCAUCCAUGAGACAGAGCAGAACAGCUACUGCCAACAAAUCAUCACCGAGAAGCACCUGGCUGAACUGGAAGAGCUGGCUGACACCCAGAUGCAGCACCCGGGCAAGGUCUCCUUCAAGUUCAUCAAUAAGAUGCAGUUGAACGACUCCGUCUGCUACGUGAAAGCUGCUUUUCCUCUGCUGGGCAAGAUCCUGCAGCAAACAGAAUUCAAGGAGAACUCCUCCAACGCCAAGAAGAUGCAGAUGGUGCGCAGGAUGUACAGCCGCAUCGACGAGAACGUUGACCCCUGCAUCAGGGAUGAGGAUGAUGAGGAGAGGAAGCUCUCACAAAUGUGCUUCGAGGAGUUCACCACCUCCCCCUACGAGAUGCUGGUGCUGGUGAAGGAGUUUUUCCAGGACAUCAACCAGCUCCUGCAAAACCAAGAGACCUUUGAGAAAGAUUGCAGCCAGGUCUACCGCAGGACCUGCGUGGGACCCAGGAAGGCUGGAUCCUCACCAGGUGUGGGGACAGAUCCCGACUGCAAUUGCCUGUCCCCUGCCCUCCCUUCUGCCACCCAGCCCUCCCUCCCUGCUGCCGCCCAUGCUGGCAGCGAGGUGGCACCCACUAGCACCCAGGUCCCUUACAGCCUCCUCCACGCCACCCUCGCUGGUUUAGACGCCCUGUCCCAGCCCCUCGGUAGCACGGACGGUGGCUCAGGGACCGGGGAGGUCCCGGCAGCUGGGCUAGGUGACCCUGCACCGGUGCCACCCCCCGGGAUGCAGCAGAGAGAUCCGACCGACGGCGCCCAAGCCCUCCAAGAUCCAGCUGGGACACUCAGCCUGGCGCCAGCGGAUGUCCCCAUCCUGCCUGGGGAUGGAGAGCUGGUGGAGGGGGACACUGAAGUGGUGGCCGGCCACCCCCUGCUGCAGCACCCGACCCAGAAGCAGGGAGCACCCAUCCUCCCGGAGCAUCCCGGCGGGCUCAGGACCACAGCAUCCCCCAGCGCCGGAGCCAGGAUCCGUCCCGCCGUGGCAGCUGAGCCUGUCACCCAGCUCCGUUUCACCAGGAUGGCCCCGGGGCUGGGGCGGGACCGAGCUCCGGGAAACCCCGGGAUCGGGGCGAGGGGGCGCGGCUGGGGGCUGAGCCGGCUGCGGGAGCCCCAGGACGGAGGGGCCGGGCCCAGUUUUGACUCUGGCUUUGUUCUGAGCGCAGAGCAGCGCAGGAAGGAGCCGCCCCUCAGGGAAGGUCGCCGGGAGCCCCUCAUUUACAUCACGGUGGCCAGCGUGGUGGCUGUCUUGCUAGCCAUGGGAGGGCUGCUCUUCUACAAGUAUAAAUCCAGGGUCCUGGAGCGGUCGCUGGAAGAUGGAGACUGUGACCCCGAGGAGCCAGAGAGGAGGGCACUACAGGGAGCAAGGGAAUGUCCAGAGCUGGAGACUCAGGACCUCUAAGGGCCCCAGGCAGGAUGUGAAGCUGCUCGGGGGAUGGAUCCGGAUGCUCCUGGCCGGUCCCUCCAGUCCUGCCAUGAAGCUGACACUCCCUCCUCCUUCACCUGGUGGCCUGAGACUGCAAAAACACACACAAACCAAGCAACCCCAACCUCCCUGGCUGGGGGAUGAAAGGAUUGGGGGGAACACACCCCGAGUGGGACCCCCCGGGAAGCAAAGGGCUGGAAGACAUGGGACUGUUCCUGAAGGGCUUUGCCAGGACGGUGGCUGAGGUGACACCGUGAUGCUGAGCGGGACGAUGGAGGGGCUGGCCUGGAUGUGGGGUGAUGGAUCCCGCUGGGACACGGCCAGAGCUGGCAGAAGAAGGAGAGGACCCACUUCCCCCAAUUCCCCUGGCUCUUCUUCCACCACGCUGGGCUUUGGAGCAGCACCCAUCACCCCCAACCCUCAGCUUCAUCCUGCCUUGCCCAAGGCUUCAACCGGAGCAUCUCGGAUACCCGAAGGUGGGAGGGAGGGAUUAACAGGGACUCCCCUCCCACCAGCUGCACCACCCCGGCCCCGACUUGCAACUUUAAACCCUCACACUGUGAAUAUUUAAAAGCCCACCCGUGUCCCUGUCCCCAUGCAGGGCUGGGCUCGGGGGUGACAACUUGGCACCGUCCCACUCCCCGUCCUCCUGGGCUCUGGUCCCACACCCGAGCUGGACUCGGCUCCUCCUCGUGCCAUCACACUCUUGAUUUUUAUUCUUCUGGUUCUUUAUUAUUUUUUUUUUUAAAUAGAGUGGAUGAAAGUCUUUAUCCCACAGUAUUUUCCAGGGGGUAAGGGGGCUGGGAAUCCCAUCCUGGUCCCCUCUUCUCAGCCCCCUCAGCCCUCGGAGGGUUGUUGCGACGAGCUGGUCUCGCCUCGGACUCAGUUUGAAUCUUGUGGUUCUUUUCUUCAAUGUUUGUGACUGCGCUUGAAGUGAAGGGAAACGGGGCCAGGGAAAGAUUGGAUCUGUUGGGGGGAGAAGUGGAGAUGCCCCAGUAGGUACCUGGGGGCUUUUCAGCUCGGCCCCCUUCCCAGUCUAGCUUUGGGAAGAGCUUGGACUGGGAUGGAGAGGUCCUGGUUUGAGAGCAAGAGGUCCUGGACUGGGAUUGAAAGAUCCUGGACUGGGAUGGAGAGGUCCUGGUUUGAGAGCAAGAGGUCCUGGACUGGGAUUGAAAGAUCCUGGACUGGGAUGGAGAGGUCCUGGUU